CUUUAUUUUAUUUAAUAAUAAUAUGUUGGUAUAUAAAAGUAAGUGCUCCACAGUUUACAUUAAUGUGGUCUUAUUUUUAAUAUAGACACUUGUAGUGAAUGACUUUUACUUUUCUCGUUUUCAAUAAACUCAAUGAAGUAAAUGGGUCAAGUGUAUUUUCUAAAUAAAUAAGCAUGAAAAAUAAUCGCUCGACGAUUGAAAAAGGAAAUCAAAAAUGCAUUCUAUAUCCACAUAAUUUUCGUAAUUAUAACGUUUUGCAAAGCUGAAAUUAUUGUUAAUAAAAGGCGCACCUUAUAUUAGUAUAUACCUACUGCGGAAUGAAUGCGGCUACAGUGUAUUCUUUUUAUUAUCAAGUAUUGUUUUGUUUGACAUGCAAAAUAGCGAUUUAGGAAAAAAAAUAUGCAAAAAAAAAAAUAAAUAACACACGGUACCUUGCUGCUCAUGGAAAGGUACGAAAGUAUAAAUGGAAACUUAAUAGCUCGCACUGUAGAAGGGAUUGAACCCAAACAGAUUGGUUUUGACAUGCAAAACAAACGCUCGCCCGUCGCUUGGUGUUUUUCCUUAUUGCCGACGCCGUCAUGGAUAAGGUGAUUCCAGGUUUGUUUAUUGGCAGUUUUAGAGACUCAAAAGAUUUUGCUCAAUUAGAAAGUAAUCAAAUAACUCAUAUAAUUUCUGUAUUGGAUGCGCCAAAGAAAAUUCAUCAAGAUAAAAAAUAUUUGUGUAUUGAAGCUAUAGAUAGUCCUGAACAAAAUCUCAUACAAUAUUUUCAAAUAUGCAAUGAUUUUAUACAUAAAGCUCGUCUUAAAAAUCAAAAUGUUUUGAUUCAUUGUUUGGCCGGCAUGUCGAGAAGUGUAACAAUAGCUGCUGCUUAUAUUAUGUCAGCCACUACAAUUAAAUUAAAACAUGUACUUCGACUUCUGAAAGCAUGUCGAUCAAUUGCAAGUCCGAACGAAGGAUUUAAUAAACAACUCCAGUAUUAUGAGUGCAAUUAUUUAUUAGAAGAAAGAACAAGAUUAGCAUCUAUUAGUCAUUCCAAUAAACAACUUUUAGCAGAUGAAGAAUAUUGUAAAAAAAUCAUUCAAUGUGGAGAAGAUCACAAAAAAUAAGAAAUUUAUUAAUUAAAAAUUUAUGAAAA